AUGUCGGACGGUCCGCAUAGCAGGGAUGUGAAUCCCCCAGAUCUCAAUCAAGGACCGAAAAUUAUCAUAGCCACGGCUAUCACUACUUUCGCCGCGUUAUUCACCGUUUUGGCCAGGUUCUACGUGCGCAUAUUCCUUAUUCGCAAUGUCGGCUGGGAUGACUAUACGAUGGCCCUGACCAUGCUGCUGUCUCUCUGCGGGUUCGCCAUUAUCGUCCCCGAGGUGAUAUACGGUGCAGGCAGGCAUAUGAUCUAUGUUCAAGAAACGUCUGUAAAGGCAAUGCAUUUGAAUUAUGCUACCCAGGGCAUUUACAUGUGGGCAAUUGGCCUGGUGAAGGUAUCAAUUGGGCUUUUUUUGCUUCGUUUCGCACCCCGAAAAGGAUACAAGGUCUUUAUCUGGGUGGUCAUUGUUCUCAUGACUCUCUACACUGCGAUCUGCUUUUUGACGCUUAUUUUCGAGUGUUCAGAUAUCCGAUCAAAUUGGGAUCCUUCGGUGAAAUCAAAGUGCUUCUCUCGUAAACAACUUUUGGUUCUGACCUAUACAAACACUGCAUUGAAUAUUCUGACUGAUCUGAUCUUCGCGGUCCUACCGGUUUUUAUGCUACGUCAUCUUCAAGUCAAUCGCCGAGUGAAAGCCUCUCUCAUCUGUAUCCUAGGCCUGGGAGUUUUUGCUUGCGCAGCCGCCUUCGUCAAGCUCUCUAUCCUAUCCAGCUAUGGCAGCGCCGGCGACUUCCUCUGGGACUUUUCAAACCUCACAAUUUGGGUCGUCACGGAAUGCAACACGGGUAUCAUCGCCGGCACCCUCCCAACCCUCAAACCCCUCUUCAAGAGAAUCCUCGGCACAUACGGCUCCCAGUCCAAAACGACACGCGAGUACCCCGGCAGCAAUAAAUAUAAACUGCACUCGAUGUCGCGAUCACGGGGCGGACCGCUCCAAUCCCGCGGCCACAAAAGCGGCAACCUCAGCGUCAUCGAGUACGACGCCGACCCGCAGAACCACCGCUCCCAGCUCGCGUCUACGACCGGCUCGGCUGCGUAUGCGGGGAGUCAACGAAGCAAUUCCAGCGAGGAGCGGAUCUUGCCGAUUCAGGGUGAGGGCAUUGUUCGCACGACCGAGGUGAUCGUUUCGCGCGAGCAGAAUCCGCCACAGAUGUCGCCCGGCCCACAGACUUCGCCGAGGUUGAAUAGAAUGGGGUCGCUGAAUGGAUUACGUAUCAGCGCCGAUGAUAGGGUUUAG